AUGAGCUCCUCGUCGCAGAGCAGCAGCAGACACAGCGACGAGUUUCCGUCGAGCAUGGCGUCGGUUAAGAGCCGACCACAACGUCUGACUUUGCCCUUGGACCACGACUUUCUGCCGCUGCCAAAGGAAGACGAGGAGAAGGAACAGGAGCGAGUGCGGGACCAAGUGAUUUGCAUGAUCUUUGACCUGCCCGAGUCCACGCAGUUCUAUAAAGAUUUUUCGUGCGCUAUUGCAUCGACCUUGGCGAUGCAUGGACGGAUGUACCCAACGAGUUCACACGUGUGUUUCUACUCGAAUGUGUUUGGUCGGGAACGAAAGAUCCUGAUUCCGUACGAGUCAAUUCGUGAACUUGAGAAGACUACGACUAUGGUGUUCCAGCACGCGAUCCGACUUGCGACGUCUGACAAGGAUGAGUACACGUUCACGAGUUUCUGGGGCAACAACCGCGACACUUGUUAUGCCGUGAUUGCUAAGGCGCGCGAUCGCGUGCUGCGUGAGUUAUGUUCCUCUGCAGUGGGUGAGGAAGAACUGCAGGACCCGAUCUUAUCACCUUCUUCCGGUUGCAGGGAGUUACUGUCACCGCUGUCGUCGUCAGCCACAGAAUCAGGCUGUGAUGAAGAUGGUGCAGAAGAAGUAAAGAGUGAUGUAGAUGCUGUUUCUUCGAAUGGCAUCUCGAAAGCUGAUGCCAACGAAUCCGUAAUCACUAUGGCAACCUGGAAUAAGGAUGAUGAGGAUAAACAUGUUAUUUCUGCAACACCACGUCGGCGCAGUGUUGUCUUGGACAUGGGUUCGAUUGCACCGAAGGAUGUAUCGAUGACCCAAGUUUUCGAUGAGGUAUUUCCAGUGUCAGUAGACACCUUUAUGCAGACAUUCUACCUGGAUAACGCACCGUUUGGACUGGAUAAGUUUAGUGAACGAAUUGGGUCAACUGAAAUGACCGUGAACCCCUGGAUAAUUCCGGCAGAAGGCGGAAAAUCUUUUGGGGUGACACGGUCGUUGCAUUUCCGAGUGCCGAUUGAUGCUCCAAUUGGCCCAAAGUCGUCGCAUGUUGACGUGCUGCAGUGUAUGAAAGAAAAGGAACAUGGAGUGCGUGUUGUCGAGAGCUCGACUCGACUUGUGGAUAUUCCGUAUGGCGAUUAUUUUAGUGUGGAAGACCGGUGGACCAUUGCGCCACAUCCAACGGAAGUCGAUUUCUGCCGAGUAUAUAUCGAGUUGAAGGUGGUCUUCGGUAAGUCGACGUUCUGGAAGAAGACCAUCGAAGCCCGCGCUAUCAGUGACAACCAAAUUAAGUGGGAGAAGUGGGUUGGAAUGGCCAAGGAGUUUCUCAACUCAAGGAACCGCGAUGACGCAGUAAAUCGCGCGUUGAAGAGUUCUUUGACGUCAGGUACUUCCUUGGAUAAAGCGGUACCUCAGGAGGAUAUCACGAAAGAUUGCGGGGUUGCGGUGAAACACCGUGGUCAAAGCAAGCUUCACCACCGCCACCACGGCAUUACUGGCACAACACUGACGUGCGGACGUGUUUGUACUGCUGCUGCAAAAGUGUUUCCGUGGAUUCUAGUGUUGGUUUUGCUUACGAUGAUCUUGCGUCUGCAUACGACAUUUUCAAACGUCGAGCAAUCGUUGUUGGAGAACACUCGGCUCAUCGUUGACCUUCAGAAGCAGCUUGCCAGUCUUCAGGCGGGAACCUGCCCGAUGGCAGCGUAG